AUGGUGGUCACGGGAGAGAAAAGCAGGGUGGAAUCCCUCAGGUUCCUUCUCUGGUCGCAAUCUCCUGCUAACCAGAAGGUGUCGGUAAAUCAGCUGUUCCGACGCAAGAAGGACAGUCGCUGGUUGCGCUGUGAAGCCCUAGAGCCCAAAGCAACCAUCACGAAUUCCCUCGCCAGGCAGGAUAGGGCGCUGGGAGGGAACGGAAAAACGUCCUCUAAAUCAUGGCGAAAGUACCGCAUAAAAGACGCCCCCAAGAACGUUUUCACUUUAACGAACCAAAUGACCUUGAAAUACAAACGCAAACCAUCGGGAGGAUUUCUUCUCCAGAUACAGCAAGGCCUUACUGUGGCGAGUAUCUUGUGCCACAAAUCACUGUUCCAUACUGUUAUAACGGACCGAUGCAACUACGACGUUUUGCCUGCCUUCAGACGGCUGCGGCCUCGUCUCCGUCAGCGCCUCCAACAGCCGGAUUUUGAAUGGCAGCCACGCGUCUGCCUGGCGUUGGAGAAAGGUACUCGCCUCGGAGGAGGGGCUGUGGCCACCGGCAGGGGCCACGCCAGCUUCGGUGGUAGAUACGUCUAUAUCUUAAGGGAGGUUGAGCUGGAUCUCAUUUCCGUGAGUGAAUGUAAAACCAAAGCCACCUUACCACCUGACUCGAGCAAGGUCGUAUGUGCUCUCACACCCUACAAGGACACGUGUCAGGGUGACAGCGGUGGCCCUCUAGUGGUGAGGGCUAGCGAAGAGAGGUGGGUUCAGGUGGGCAUUGUCAGCUUCGGAUUAGAAUGUGCCAGGAUGUCUGCUUACUUGGACUGGAUCGCCGGCAACACGGACCUGACUGACUACGACUCUGCGGGACUGAGAUUCAUAAUUUUUUGA